AUGAAGGUGGUUGGACAGGUUGGUUUUAAUCCCCAUCUAAAACCGGAGCAACUGAAAUGCCAGAAGAUACAAGAUACUGCUGUGAAAGAUGUGGUUGGCGAGGAACUUGACAAUGAUGGGUCUAGCGCAAAAGAUGUUGAAUAUGACGACACAGUGGCUAAAGAAGAUGACGAGCAUAUGUUGAGAGUAAUUUUGUAUGAAGAUGUGAGUGAUUACCUGUUCUCACUGAAUUCUGAUGAAGCUCGAUUGAUACUUUUGGUGUUCUUCAUAAUUUUAGGUGUACUUCUAUGCGGAGUUUAUGCUCAAAGAGAAGCAUUCUUCAGGAAUAUUGAUCACCCCAGUAAGGUUUUUGACAUGGCAUUGUCAUCUAUUGAUGGGCUUCCUCAGUGUGCUGAUUAUGUUGUUUACUGCAGAGAUGAGGCGGCCGAGUAG